AUAGUAAAGACGUGUGGAUGAGCGUACGAACACAGUAGUGGGAGUCCUUCACUUGACUUGGGGGUGAGGAAAUAUAAACAAAUUGUAGAAAUUGUUUAUUGGUUUUAUGGGUUUUUAUUAAGCGUGUUGGAGGGAAUGAGAGAAAGGGUGAGCGGUUAAUCGAAGUCUCUCUCUAAGUGGUGGUAGCUUGACGAAGAAGGGUGCACAGGUUAAGCGAAUCUGCUUUGUUUUCUAGUGGGCGUAGUUUAAUCCAGUAGACAGAGAGAGGAAGAGAGAGACAGAAGGAUUUCAUAAUUUCCAUUGAUGAUCGAUGUCGAAGAUGAAGCACCUACUAAGAAAGCUUCACAUCGGUGGAGGACUCAAUGAGCACCAAAGACUGGCCGAGACCCGACCCGAGACGAGUCCGAGCACGAAUCUCAACCCGACCGCUUCUUCGCCGGCGUCGUCCACGGGUUCGGCUACAAUGGGGAGAAUCACGGCCGUUGAAUCGGUGAGUGAUCGGACGGCUGGGGACGGUGGUAGCGGUGGGGGCGUGGAUUACAAUUUCUUGGAGGAGGAGUUUCAGGUCCAGUUGGCCUUAGCGAUCAGCGCUUCGGAUCCCGAUUCGCGCGACGACCCCGAUUCGGCUCAGAUCGACGCCGCCAAGCGGAUUAGCCUCGGCUGCCCGGCUACCGUCACCGACACUCAAGGCCCCUUCGAGAUUCUCUCACUUCGCUAUUGGAGCCAGAAUGUUGUAGAUUACAAUGAAAAAGUGGUCGAUGGAUUUUAUGACGUGUAUGGAAUGACCUCAAAUUCUCUUAGACAAGGGAAGAUGCCAUUGUUGGUGGAUCUUCAAGCUGUGUCUGUUUCAGAUAAUGUUGAUUAUGAUGUCAUAUUAGUUAACCGGUUGGUGGAUCCUGAACUGCAACAACUGGAGAAAAGAGCAUACGCUGUAUCUCUAGAGUCACGGAUUUCUCAACAUGGUGUCCUUUUAAGUGGAUUAAUUCAGAAAAUUGCUGAUAUUGUUGUUGACAGAAUGGGUGGUCCAGUUGGGGAUGCUGAUGAAAUUUUGAGAAGGUGGAAAGUGAGGAGGUACGAGUUACGGAGUUCGAUGAAGACUAUCAUUCUUCCCCUUGGACUUAUUGAUGUUGGACUUUCACGCCACAGGGCGCUGCUCUUUAAGGUACUGGCUGAUAGGAUAAAUCUUCCAUGUAUGCUGGUCAAAGGUAGCUACUACACUGGUACUGAUGAUGGAGCUGUAAACUUGAUUAAAAUUGAUAGUGGAAGUGAAUAUAUUAUUGAUCUGAUGGGUGCUCCUGGAACGCUAAUUCCUGCCGAGGUGCCCAGUAGCCAGCUACCAAAUUCUUUCUUUGCCAUAAGGAGCUUUCAAGAUGCCACCGAAUUGCCCAAAGAUAUGUAUUUGUUGCAAGCUGAAGGCACUGGAACGUUGGCAGUUCCACCUGAUCUUGACAGACUUUCUAGAGUUGGCAGCUCACAGUCAGAAGAAGCAUCAUAUGUAGGUGUUCAAACAAAAAAUGAUAGAAGCGUUGUUGAAGAAAAUCAAACUGAGAGUUUGAGAAGUGAGAUUGGGACUCCUCUUAGAUCACUUCGUAAAUCAUGUGAAAGUUCAUCAGGCACAUCUGAGAAAGCCACAUCUGCGCAAAAAAGGAAAGUGAAAAAUGUGUCAAAGUAUGUCAUCAGUGCAGCAAAGAACCCAGAAUUUGCACAGAAACUACAUGCUGUAUUGUUGGAGAGUGGUGCAUCACCUCCCCCAGAUUUAUUUUCAGAUAUGAAUCCUCAAUAUCUGGAUGAAGCUAAAUUGCUUGAUCAAAUCCAUGCAAAUGGGAAACUUGUAGAUGAUGGGAUUCAUAAUUAUCUGGUUCAGUUAUUAUCAGGCAACGAGCAAUCCACUCAAGCUGCUGCUGCAGUGAGCUAUGACAAUUUUGAUAACUUUCUAAAACAAUCUGCCGUGGACUUAGCAGAGCAACGAAAUGAAUUGGAGACAAACAAUUUUUCUCUUCCCUCUGAUACUGUUGAUGAGGGAUUUGUAAUUGUUUCUGGUGGAACUAGUGAAACGACCCAGAUUGGUGCUAAAAGUUCAGAUCCUGUUCUUGUUAGUCCCCUAGGAAUGGAUUCAGAAGCUUUUCAUGAGGAUAAAAGCCAUGAACUUUCCUUAUCUAAACCAAUAGAAACAGCCAAUAGUGGCCUGUGUACUAGUUGCGAUAGUCACUAUGAGAGGUACCCAGCACUGGGAGAAGUUGCAGAGUGGGAAAUUUUAUGGGAGGAUCUUCAGAUUGGUGAGCGCAUUGGCAUUGGUUCAUAUGGUGAGGUAUAUCAUGCAGAUUGGAAUGGCACUGAAGUAGCUGUGAAAAAAUUUUUGGAUCAAGAUUUUUCUGGUGAUGCUUUAGUUCAGUUUAAAUGUGAAGUAGAAAUUAUGUUAAGACUUAGACAUCCCAAUGUUGUCCUUUUCAUGGGGGCAGUUACUCGCCCUCCCCAUUUCUCUAUCCUGACAGAGUAUCUUCCCAGGGGGAGUUUAUAUAGAUUGCUGCAUCGUCCCAAUUCUCAACUUGAUGAAAAGAGGCGAAUGCGAAUGGCUUUUGAUGUGGCCAAAGGAAUGAAUUACCUGCAUACUAGCCAUCCUACUGUUGUGCAUCGAGACCUGAAGUCUCCAAAUCUCCUUGUUGAUAAGAAUUGGAAUGUGAAGGUUUGUGACUUUGGGUUGUCACGUACAAAGCACCAUACUUUUCUGUCAUCGAAGUCUACUGCCGGGACGCCCGAGUGGAUGGCACCGGAAGUUUUAAGGAAUGAACCAGCUAAUGAGAAGUGUGAUGUGUACAGUUUUGGUGUCAUCUUAUGGGAACUGGCUACUUGCUGCGUCCCAUGGAAAGGAUUGAAUCCAAUGCAGGUUGUAGGAGCGGUUGGAUUCCAAAAUAGGCGUCUUGAAAUUCCAGAGGACAUGGAUCCAGUGGUUGCUGAGAUAAUACGUGAUUGUUGGCAAAGAGAGCCAAAUCUACGGCCUUCGUUCUCGCAACUCAUGGUCCGUCUCCGACGUCUUCAACGCCUUAUUGGAAGAACAAACUCUACAAAUCAAACGACUGAAUAACCCCAAAAAAGAAAAACUUUACCGUGUUAAUAAUUGAAGUUGAAGUUGUUCCUUGUCUCGAAGAGCGAGGGCAGCAUAUAAGUUUUUGUCUUCAAUGCAAGAAGGAAAAAGAGAAUGCUGGAUUUGGAAGUGUUGGCUCAGUCAAAGUGGGGGCUCAGCACAACCUAUACGGAACAGAAGAGUGGAAAACCCUCCUAAAUUAUUAGACUGCAUAAGAAGGGCAGUGGAGGUCCCAUUGAAGACCAGUCUCUCUAGUAGUAGUAGUAAUAGUAGGUUGUAUCAAAUCUGCAUGUAAGAAAAAAAAAAUUGUAGAAAAAAGAAGAAGAAAAAACUGAAAAAGAAAGGAAGAAAGAAACUAAUAAUUCUUAAUUCUGCUACUGUGGAGAUCUCAUUUGGGAAUUGUAAACAUCUGAUCUCUGCAUAUGUUAUUGUGAAACGAGUAAAUACAUUUGGAGGAAGAAAGAAGAAAGAGGAAGAAUUUAUGUGCAA